CCACGAUAUUCAUCGCAUGUCCUUUGCUUCCUAUUCUUCUUGUGCCAAGUGCUGGUGCAAGUUCGUUUAUGCUGUUCCGUUGUAAUUGCAUUCUCUAGUGUCUACUGCAUCGUGCCGCGUCUGGUCGCUGCCCCUAAUUCUAGCGCUUGCCCCAACGCUCUUGCCUAGCUGUCACCCAGCCUCAUGGUUCCACCAUAGCAACGGCGUGAAGCCUAACACUACUUCCUUCUUUCACCCACUACCACCACAACAUGGCGGAGCCGCAGAUUUCUCUCGUCGACCACACCGACGGCGAGCAGACACCCGAACGACGCCCCGAGCAACCACCACCGAGCGCAUCCUCACACAUCGACGUGCUAUACGAGAACCAGCGCGGCUGGUUUGUCUUCGGCAUACCGCUCUUCUCAUCGAAAGCGCUGUGGAAUCUCAAGGUCGACCAGGCGCCCUGGGUCGACGCGAAGCUCAAGCCGUCGCCCGUGAACAUCACAAACGCACAGGUACCUGACCCUAGCUGGGUAUGGGAAUGGAAGAGCUGGUAUGUGGACAUGAGCCAUGAUGUAGAUGAGGAAGGGUGGGAAUACAGUUUGUGGUUCAGAGGUGCUGUGUGGCAUGGAAAUCACCCUUGGUUUCACAGCUUCGUGCGGCGGAGACGUUGGCUGCGGAAACGGGGGAAGCAGAAGCUACCCCCAAAGACGAAGGAGAACAGGGAGAGGCUGUUUGGAGAAACGUUCAGCAUCGGCACGACUCUGGCGAGGACGAGCACGUUCGCGGCCAGCUUGCAAGAAACUAGGGAGCAGUCGCUCGAGGAAGAAGUCAGAGACAUUGCGACGUUGAUGAGGAUGCUAAAGAAGGCGGCCAUCGAUCGGGAGAAGAUCAUUCUGAUCAACAAGUUCAUUGAUGAGGGCGGCGAGGAAUUGCACUACUUGGCCGACCAGAUACCGGCCAUAAUGUCUAUGCUCAUAUUCCAAAACUCGCGCCGCCAGCUCCUCUCCACACUGAUGAACACCUUCGACGCCGCAAAGGAACACCGCCAAGAGCAUAAGGAGAGAGGCGAAUCUGAGAAUGAAAUGGAAGAACGCAGGAUCAAUAACCUGCUGAAGGCGGUCGAGGCUGCUGACGCAGAAUGCAAGAAGCUGGAGUACUGGAGCGACAUCCGGAAGCUGGCUGAAGAGGGGGCCGCUGGUAAUGCCACGGACCCGGGAAGCGGCUGGGAUCAUAAGUGGCAGGGCCUCGAUGGAAGUGGCGCUGCCCACCCCUAAGCCUGCGGGAUGGCCAAGGACGAGCCCGUCGGAGUUGUCAACAGGAGGAAGUAGACAGGUCGACACCAUUGAUACCCAAGGCGCUUGGCUACUUCAUACGAGUUUACCGUUGCGUUACAUAUAUAAUCUAUUGUUCAGCAGAAGAGACUCACUAUGGAUAACUUUACACGCCCGAUAUUUAGGCGCCAUUCUGCUCACUACUGUCUGGCUCUGACGCGGAUCGGGCCGUGAAUAUCCUCGAGCUUUGUCGUAAUAAUGGCUUGGCCCUUCUGUAGCAGCUCAACUACU